CUGUUUGUUUUCAAAACACAUAACUCUGUUUUAUGUUAAAAAACAUAAAAUUUUGCUUUAUUUUUAGCUUUUUUUGCUGUCUAAAUUCUCCACAUUUUUAGAUUUUUUUCUCUUCAUUGUUCACAUUACUAAACUUGAAUCUUCAGUCUCACAGCAUAUUUUUUUUUUCUGAAAAGCUUACAAAGAUCAUGUAACUGUGUCCACUGUCAAUUGUUCAUGGUUCAGUCAUUAAGGAAAUGAAAGGGGAGUCAUCUGGAUUGAUUAUUGGGAUUUCCAUUGGAGUGGUGAUUGGAGUGCUUUUGGCUAUUUUAGGAUUUAUCGGUUUUCGAUACCAUAGGAAGAGAUCACAGAUUGGGAAUAGCAGUUCGAGGAGGGCUGCAGCUAUUCCUAUUCGAGCUAAUGGUGCGGAUUCAUGUACUAUUUUAUCAGAUUCAACUCUUGGUCCGGAAUCUCCGGUUAAAUCUGGACGUAAUGGCAUGUCCUUUUGGCUCGACGGAAUUAAGAAGAGUAAUGUAGUGGCAGGGUCUGGAAUACCGGAGUAUUCUUACAAGGAUCUGCAAAAAGCAACCUUUAAUUUUACAUCAUUAAUUGGACAAGGAGCAUUUGGUCCUGUAUAUAAAGCUCAAAUGUCAUCUGGUGAGAUAGUAGCUGUUAAAGUGCUUGCUACUGAUUCCAAACAAGGGGAGAAAGAGUUUCAUACUGAGGUUAUGCUCUUGGGAAGGUUACAUCACAGAAAUCUGGUGAAUUUAGUCGGAUAUUGUGCAGAAAAGAGUCAACAUAUGCUUAUAUAUGUCUAUAUGAGUAAAGGAAGCCUGGCGUCUCAUUUGUAUAGUGAGAACCAUGAACCAUUGAGCUGGGACUUGCGCGUUUAUAUUGCUUUGGAUGUUGCGAGGGGGCUGGAUUACCUUCACGAUGGGGCAGUUCCUCCUGUGAUUCAUCGGGAUAUUAAAUCUUCCAACAUUCUGUUGGAUCACUCUAUGCGAGCCAGGGUUGCUGAUUUUGGUCUUUCAAGGGAAGAGAUGGUAGACAGUCACGCAGCUAAUGUACGAGGAACUUUUGGAUAUCUAGAUCCUGAGUACAUAUCUACAAGGAACUUCACAAAGAAAAGCGAUGUCUAUAGUUAUGGAGUUCUGCUCUUUGAACUUAUAGCUGGCAGAAAUCCUCAACAAGGUCUCAUGGAAUACGUCGAACUAGCUGCAAUGAAUACGGAGGGUAAAGUCGGGUGGGAAGAAAUUGUAGAUUCCCGACUAGAUGGGAAAUUCGAUGUGGAAGAGCUAAACGAGGUAGCAGCUCUUGCAUAUAAAUGUAUCAAUCGUGUGGCGAAAAAACGACCAGCCAUGAGAGACAUUGUGCAAGUACUGACAAGGGUCCUGAAGCUGAGGCACAACAGAAAACAUAAAAAGUCACUUUCUGCUGCCACAGCCGAUGAAGUUUCUAUCGACAUUGAUCAACUAGAAGUCAAAACUCCAGUUUCCGAUUGCCAUCGGAGAGACGAGUCCAUGGACAGCACUGACACUUGUGAAAUUAGAUGAUUGUUUUGUUCAUUUGAUCAUUAAAUGGUCUUCCUUUAAAUGUAUGGUUUUUUGGCUUGGAUUUUUGUGAGAUAUACAUGCAAUCUAAAAUUGGUUUAGAUGGCAAAACAGGCCUAUUUAUUAUUUAUAGCUCUGAUUUUUGCCUAGAGGGUUAGAUUGAAGGAUUCAAAUUCAGUAUUUUUUGUAACUUUAUGUAACAUAGGUCCUCUAUAUUCUCUAAUAUUGUACAUCUCUUAGAAAUGGAAAUGCAAGAAAUGAAAAAUAGAAAAACUAUUUUCAGUCUUGUAAUUUCAAGCUUAUUUUUAUUCAUUCCUUGUAUAUCAAGAAUCUUUUCCCUUUA